UUUCGUACAGCAGGAAUAUGGCCGAAACUAAAGGUGAAGGUGAACCGGUCGAGGUAGAGGAGAAAGUAUGCAAUAUAUUGCCAGGGCCAGAGCUGCUAACCAUACCUGGUAUGGAUCAGCGUGCUAGCAUUGCUUCGGCAGCUUUAAGCGAUGUGCCCAGUGAUGUGAUAAUCAAGUCGAGAAUACGUUAUGGCAGUCUGUUGUCAGCUUGUAAGGGUUUACUCUUGGAAUACUCAAAGAGUACAACAAUACACGGCAUUCGCUACAUAUUCGAGGUUCACAGGCCAAUCUAUGAGAAAUUAUAUUGGUUGAUAUUCACUUGCAUAUCGGUAUAUUUUGCCAUAUCGCUUAUUUGGGAUACGUAUCUCAAAUGGCAGGACUCACCGGUAAUUUUGGGUUUCGAUGAGACUCUGGUGCCAGUGCAUCAAAUACCCUUUCCGACCAUAACCAUUUGCCCUGAAAUAAAAAUGGAACGAAAUAUGUUUGAUUUCACCAACGUUUCGCGUCUCAUGUGGGAAAACUAUAAGAAUGGCAAUGUCUCAGAAAUCGACAAUGACGAAUUGAUUCGUAUGGCUGCUGCUAUGCAUAUUUGUGAUGCGGAUGUCGUUAAUCGUUUUAUGCCCUUGAUAUCGCAAUUGCAACCGCCUUCAGUUGAUGUUACCGAUACACUUAUCGAACUGACCAUAUCGAAAAAUGUCACGGCUCCGUUUUGCAAAUGGAACGGUAGAUUCUAUUUUUGUGAUAAACUUUUGGAUUUUGUGGCCACCGAUGAGGGAAUUUGUUAUCAAUUCAAUGGCCUAAGACCAAAGGAUAUCUAUCGAGAUGAGAAUUUUAUAAGCUACAGAGAUCCAGAUAUUGUGAAUUUUGAUAAUUAUUUUGAUGUUGAAUUACCCAAAUUGAAUAAUAUCACUGGCAGUUGGUCAUUAGAUACGGGCUAUGUGGAUCAAUUGCAGAAUGCAUAUCCACAGCGAACGGUAUUCUCAUCGGUACGCAAUGGUUUCUUUGCCUUUUUGCAGGGAUUGGAACAUAAUUUCGAUUACGAUUGUCGCAGCUAUAGGCAAGGCUAUAAGGUGUUCCUCAAUUCUCCUGAGAGUGUGCCCCUCACCUCAGGUAAUUACAUACUUGUCCCUCAUGGCGAUGAGGUGAUGGUCAGUGUCUUACCCAACUAUGUCAUGUCUACGGAUAAUUUACAUGAAAUUAGUCCUGACAAACGUCAAUGCUUCUUUGAUGAUGAACGCACUUUGAGGUUCUUCCGCUCAUAUUCACAAACUAAUUGCCAAGUUGAAUGUCUGGCCAAUUAUACAGUAUCGAAAUGCAAAUGUGCCAAAUUUUGGAUGCCCAAGCCCUUGGGUACUCCGGUAUGUGGCUUAGAUGAUAUACCUUGCUAUACCGCCGCCCAGGAUGAACUAACUGCACUUUUGCAAAAUGAAACUGCCCAACAGUCGGUCGAUCCUAAUGCCGAACUCAGUUGCAAUUGCAUGCCCUCUUGCACUUCAUUGGAAUAUAAUUUUGAAAUAUCCCGAGCACGUUAUGACUUGGCCAAAACUAUACGAGCUUUCCGUGAGGAAUAUGAGCAUACUGAUGCCCGAGGCUCGCGUUUAUCGGUCUACUUUAAGGAAAAUCAAUUUACAGCCAUUAAACGAACUAUUCUCUUUGGUGUCUCCACUUUGAUAUCAAAUUGUGGCGGCAUUUGUGGUCUCUUUAUGGGAAUCUCUUGUUUGAGUUUUCUCGAGUUUCUCUAUUUCUUCUGUAUGCGCAUUUGUGGAAGUUGCCGGGAUAGACGUAAGCAUAAGAAACAACAAAUCUUUCCGGAAUGCGGUGUAAUCAUUGAAAAGGAGAACUAAACGUUUGGGCUUUCUCAUUGACACAAAUAUGAUCUAUACCUAUUUGUGGAACCAAAAUAUAAAAUCGCUUAAUAAACAAUUUGAUCUUAUAUCAGCAUA